AUGCGGGAAUUUCUGGGGACCUUGCCUAUUAAUCCCUGGAUUGACCCCAGGUUUUACUACGGGGAGCUCCGCCUUAGCCGGCUUAACAAGAUCUACUUCUUCUGGAAGACCCCGCUCCGCGGCUACAAGUCUCGCUGGAACCAGUACGGCUCCUUCUUCCAGGACAACUUUACCUGGCUGGCCAGCUUAACCGUCUAUAUCGCUGUAGUGUUGACGGCGAUGGCUCCCAAGCCUUCCAGUCGGCCUCGUACGGCUUCACGAUCUUCUCUAUCUUGGGACCUCUGGCCGCUGCAGGUCUGGUAA